AUGGACGCUAUACAAAACGUCAAUAAACGAUUUCCAGUAAUUGUAAUUUCUUCUUUAAUACUUUUAAAGAAAAAUGAUGAAAGUUCCGAUAAUAGUUCCGAAUCGAGCGAUAGUGAAAAUGAAGUCGAAGACAUAUUUCUAAGUGAUAUGCAGACGUUAUUUUUUCUAUUAAUGGUAGAUAAAUCACGUGGAAAACAAAUUGGAGUUGAAAAAAUUACAGAUUACGUCGAUCGCGUGAUUCCUAAUUACAACAAAGUUACAUUUAAAGAACAUUUUAGACUAUAUCCACCUACAUUUGAGAUAGUUUUAUCACUGAUUGGACCAGCAUUAAAUGCUACAGGAACCACAAUUGGUAGAAAACCAAUUCCAGCGGAAAAGCAAUUGUAUAUUGCUCUUUGGUUUAUGGCUACUCCUGAUUCGUAUAGGUUUGUUAAGCGGAAUAACAUAUUAUUCAUAAAUAAAAUAACAUAA